GGCAUCUUUUUACAUUCUUAUCCUCACCUUAUCGAACCUGAUCCGAGCUCUGAUCCAUAUCCUGCUUUGGUGUCAAUUUGCAUCAUUGGUCAGUGAGCUUGACUGCGCAUCUUUCGCCAUCUAGUUUUGCGCAAUCGCCUGCAUCACCGUCAGCAUGCCUUCUCUCAAUAACCCCGUCCCGAACGAGGCUAGGCUGUUACUAGUCUCCAACCGCCUCCCUAUCACCAUCAAGCGAUCUGAGGAUGGCAGAUACGACUUCUCCAUGUCUUCUGGAGGAUUGGUUAGUGGACUCAGCGGUCUCUCGAAGUCCACGACUUUCCAAUGGUACGGCUGGCCCGGUCUGGAAGUCCCAGAGGAGGAAAUUCCCGAGGUAAAAAAACGUCUGAAGGAAGAGUACGGGGCUGUGCCGGUCUUCAUCGAUGACGAGCUUGCGGAUCGUCACUACAAUGGGUUCUCCAACUCGAUCCUCUGGCCUCUUUUCCAUUAUCACCCUGGUGAGAUCACCUUCGAUGAAUCUGCCUGGGAGGCAUACAAGGAAGCCAACCGCCUCUUCGCCAAGGCCGUUGCGAAAGAAGUUCAAGACGGUGAUUUAAUCUGGGUCCAUGAUUAUCAUCUGAUGCUGCUCCCGGAGAUGCUUCGCGAAGAGAUUGGCAACAGCAAAGAGAACGUUAAGAUCGGAUUCUUCCUUCACACGCCCUUCCCUAGCAGCGAAAUCUAUAGAAUCCUGCCUGUGCGGAAUGAGUUACUGCUCGGCGUCCUUCACUGUGACUUGAUCGGCUUUCACACCUACGAUUAUACCAGACACUUUCUGAGUGCCUGCUCGCGUUUGCUGGGGUUGCCUACUACUCCAAAUGGAAUCGAGUUCCAGGGCAAAUUGAUUGCCUGUGGCGCCUUCCCAAUCGGCAUCGAUCCCGAGAAGUUUGAGGAGGGUCUCAAGAAGGAAAAAGUUCAAAAACGCAUUGCAAUGCUAGAGCAGAAAUUCCAGGGCGUGAAGCUAAUGGUGGGCGUCGACCGUCUUGACUAUAUUAAGGGCGUCCCUCAAAAGCUACAUGCGCUUGAGGUCUUCCUCAGUGAUCAUCCUGAGUGGGUUGGAAAGGUUGUACUGGUUCAGGUAGCGGUUCCCAGCAGACAAGACGUGGAAGAGUACCAAAACCUAAGGGCUGUGGUCAACGAACUCGUGGGCCGCAUCAACGGUAAAUUUGGCACUGUUGAGUUCAUGCCGAUUCACUUCCUACAUAAGUCAGUCAACUUCGACGAACUGAUCGCUCUCUACGCCGUAUCCGAUGCCUGCAUUGUCUCAUCCACACGUGAUGGCAUGAAUCUCGUGGCCUACGAAUACAUUGCCACUCAAAAGAAACGCCAUGGCAGCUUGGUUCUCUCGGAGUUCGCGGGUGCGGCGCAAAGCUUGAAUGGCAGUAUUAUUAUCAACCCCUGGAACACCGAAGAGCUUGCAGCGGCUUAUCAGGAGGCUGUCACAAUGAGCGAUGAGCAGAGGGCCUUGAACUUCUCUAAGCUGGACAAAUAUGUCAACAAGUAUACAAGCGCAUUCUGGGGCCAGUCAUUUGUUACUGAGCUGACUCGGAUAUCGACUCAAUCGGCGGAAAAGUUCCAAGCCAGGAAGGCUAGUAUAAUUCCAGGCCCCUCUAACCAUUCGGAGCACACGAAUGGUGUCAAGGCUCCGCAAGAAGCAUAG